AUAUUCAGUAGACAUUCACGAAGAUGUAGCGUCUUCUCGUGGAAUUUGGCGUAGAUUUCCGAUGGUAGGGAUCGACAGUCUGAUCUCAUCGUAUAAAAGUCUUUGGAGCCGGUGCUUUGGGAAGAGUUAGUCUCCAUUCGAAAACGUGAUCUCGACAAGAUGAUGACGAGGUACGUGAUAGUGCUGGCUGCUGUGCUGGCCGUGAUCUACGCGGAUUCUCAGACGGAAUCCGAGCAACAGACGGUGAAAACACCAGCCACGGAAAUUGUCGCGCCGGAAAUAUCACAAGGGACCACGAGCGAAGUGGCCGAGACGCAAUCACGUAGUAAGAGAGCGCCGAUUUUAUUGGGAAAAGCACUUCUGGGCGGUGCUCUUCUCGGUAAAGCCGCUCUCGGAGCCGGAGUUAUAGGUGCCGGGGUUGUAGGUGCCGGGGUCCUUGGUGCGGGACUCGUCGGUGCUGGAUUGUACAAGGCUAAAUACCUUGGUGGCGGCUACGGCUAUGGUGGAGGAUACGGCUAUGGUGGAGGAUACGGCUAUGGUGGUGGAUACGGCUAUGGUGGAGGAUACGGUGGUGGAGGAUACGGUGGUGGAGGAUACGGUGGUGGAGGAUAUGGUGGUGGAUACGGCUAUGGUGGAGGAUACGGUGGUGGAGGAUACGGUGGUGGAUACGGCUAUGGUGGAGGAUACGAUCGUGGAUACUACCCAGACUAUCAUUAUCACACUCAUUAUCACGGUUAUCCCUAUUAUCGUAGUUAUUAUCCCAAAUCUUAUGAUUAUGGCUGGUAAAUUGCGAUUCCGACUUCAGAAUGUAUCAAUACAUUUUUCUUCAGAUCUCGUUAAUGCGAAUAAAGACCAGCUGAUAAUAAUCAUGCCACCGAUCAAUUUGUCUGAUUUUAUUGAAAACUUUUACUACAAACAAUAUUAAAUAUAUAUACGUUGUAAUAAAUCUAAUUUUGCUUUUCUCUCUCUCUCACAUUUGCCUUUACAUAUAAAAAAUGCACAAAUAUUUGCAUCAAAAUAAGAGAGAUUCGUCAAUAAUAUAUAAUGAUCAAUAAAGAAAUUACGCAAUUUUACUGACAUGUAUUUGACACUUUCGCUCUAAUAUCUUUAGCUCGAACUUUCAGUGAAAUUUGAUUAGCAUGAUGAGAAUUGAACUAAUAGUGAUGACACAAAUUUUGGUGAAAUUUUUCAAAAAGUAAAAAUGCGUAUAAAAUUUUUACACGUAUCAAAAUUAAUUUAAUUAUCAUAAAUAGGCGACUUUCAACAUUUGAGAAUUGACGCAAAGCAAAUUAACAAAAAGACUUUAAUUGUACUUGCUAUUUUGCCAAUUAUUUUUCUAUAACAUUACAUGAGAAUGAAAAGUUAUAUAGAAUCGAUACAAAGAAGAAAGAUAUAAGAUUUAUGUAACAGAAAGUGUCAAAAAAUUGUAAAAUUGGUUGUUAGCACGUUAAACAUUAUAUAUCUA